ACAGGUAAUCGAAAAUAUGAAUUAUUCUGGGAAUGAAAUAGAGUAUUUCCAGUGUGGGAGAGCCACGGCGCGCCCCGGGGGCUCUGGCGGCCCCUUGUUGAGGGGCCGGCGGGGCUCGACCAGCCUCGGGGCGGUGCCGCUCCCCCGCCGUCGGGGCCGGGCGGGCCUGCCCGCGGCGGGGCACUGCGGGCGGUGAGGGGGGACGGCACCCGCCCGGGAGGUGCGGCCCCGCCCGCGCACUUCCUCAGCGGCCCGCGGCCGCAGCCGUCGUCCCCCGGCGGGGCGGAGACGGGGAGCCGGGCCGGGACCAUGACCCAGCGCCGGGAGCCGCGACCCGCCGUGCCUCUGGACGAGGAGCUGGAGGCGCUCGGGUGGUAUCAUGAUAAUCUUACCCGACAUGCAGCAGAAGCACUGCUGCUUUCCAAUGGGCAGGAUGGAAGCUACCUCUUGAGGAAGAGUAAUGACAGGGAAGAUUUGUACUCCCUCUCUGUCAGAGGAAAAGAUUCUGUGAAACACUUCCAUGUUGAACAUACAGGAACAUCAUUCAAAUUUGGAUUUAAUGAAUUUUCUAGCUUGAAGGAAUUAGUCAUGCAUUUUGCAAAUCAGCCUUUAAUUGGAAGCGAAACAGGAACCUUAAUAGUAUUGAAGCAUCCCUACCCACGGGAAGUAGAAGAACCUUGUAUUUAUGAGUCCGUCCGUGUUCACACAGCAAUGCAGACAGGAAGAACAGAAAGCGAUCUUGUUCCAAAUGCUCCCUCACUUGGUACAAAAGAAGGAUAUUUGAUAAAACAAGGCAAAAUAGUCAAGAAUUGGAAGACAAGGUGGUUUACACUGCAUAGGAAUGAACUUAAGUAUUUCAAAGACCAGACAGCCACGGAACCGAUUCGGGCACUUGACUUAACUGAAUGCUCCGCUGUGCAAUUUGAUUAUUCCCAGGAAAGAGUCAAUUGUUUCUGUUUAGUGUUCCCACUAAGGACGUACUACCUGUGCGCGAAAACUGGAAUAGAAGCUGACGAGUGGAUUAAAAUAUUACGAUGGAAACUGUCACAAAUACGGAGGCAACUGGAGCAGCGCAAUGCCACCCUCAGUUCCUAGCUGCAGCUCCAGUACUUCUGCUCCUUGCCUCUGUCAAGGGGAAGGCAUCGCUUACAUAAGGAUGGUUUCACUCACAGUGGGCACACAUGCAGCUGCACAUAGAUGCUUGCAUCCAGCUCUGGACACAAAGGGUUUGUACAGCUGAGUGCUCUUGGGCUGCUGAGACACAUGUGGAGACAGUUGCAGCAUCAGAGCACUGGUUUGAUAUGCAUGGUGUAUGCCCGUAAAGCACUUAAUUCAAAAACCUGUUAACUAGUCACUGUUUAAAACUUCUGUGGUUAUUCAGAGCACUCUCGAUAAUUUAUUGCAAGUCCCAUCACAACUAACCAUUAGCAGUAUAUUCUGUAACUCUGAGCCCAUUACUGAAAACAUAUUUCUUUUGUAUUACCUUUUAGGCUCUAAACCAGAAGAAAAAUGACAGAGGUAAUUGCAUUUUUGUAAAUAGUAUGUACAUUACAAUCCAGAGAAUACUUCAAGGCCCUUUUCAAGGUGAUGGAUGAGUAACACUUAGUUCUGGCCAAAUAUGUUUUGUAUGGUUUAGAUUUAUACUGCAGUGAUGGCUACAAGUGAAUGCUUGUUUUGAACAGCAUGUAUAGGUAACAGCGAGCAGCAUCACACAAGCAUGCUUGUUUACAAGCUUGUUAUAUGAGAAACAGACAUCUGUUUCCCCGCACAUGUGUGACAUCACUGCCACGGGACCCUAAGGAUGGGUGACAGGGCUCUGCAGAAAGCUUUGCCUGCAGCAGCCACCAGCAUUAUUAGCAGCAUUAUGAUUUGAGCCACUUACAGCCCCCCUUGAAAAUGGGCUGGAUUUUGUAUUUUUUCCACACAGAACUGAAAAACAAGGCUUUGUUCAGAACUAUGUUUAGAAAUAAGUACUGCUUGCUUUAUAUUUAAAAAAAAGCAUUGUGUACACUAAAAAUUAAUUUAAAAGAAUACAUCUUCUACAUAACCUGAUGUAAAUUUCCAUCUAUAUUUUGGAAGACAUAUAUAUUCAACAGCAUUGUGGCUCGCUAUGGAGUUGAAAAGCAGAAGCUCAGUACUUUGGUGCUGUAGUCCAAAUAGAUGUUACAUUUUGGAGGCAAAGUUUGACACGCUGGAGGGUCCCAAUCCUGCUCCUCCUGGAGACAUGGAGAGGAGAGGGGAGGCCCCCCUCCUCCAUCUCCCCCCCAGUCAAGUUUCUGCUGAAACAGUGUAUGCAAACCUUUCCCACUAUGCAAAUACUGUGGCACAGGGCUUUGCAUUGCUCACAUAAGGUCAGUGUUUGAAGAUGAAGGCAUCAAAGAUGCCUUUACCCUGAGAAGGCUGAAGAAGCGAGGAAAAACAUAUUAGAAGAA